CAUAAUGGUCUGGACAUUAGUGCCAUUCUCCACUGGCACCUUGCAAUGCACAUUUCCUACAGUCUUCUCAACCUGAACUGUUUCUCCCCUUUAACUCCAGCUGAGGUCUUGGAGCCCUGCAGUCACCCAGGAACGCCCACCUACGGGGUCCCCAGCUCCAACAAGAUCCAGUUCCAGGCGGGAGAGACCCUCCACUACUCCUGUCUGCCCGGACACCAGCUGCUGGGGGAGUCGGUUCUCCACUGUGUCCCUGGACACCCGUCCCAGUGGAGUGGGUUGCCACCUGUCUGCAAAGCCCACCCAGCUAAUGCUGAGCACAGAUUAGAUGGUAAGUCUUCACAAGAAGUUCAUGUUUCCUGCACGCCUUGA